AUGUCAGCUUCUUCUGCAAAGACAACUAUCAUCUCCCAGUUAGACGAGGCUAUAGUUCAACUCAAGUGUGCUGUUAGUCAGUCCUUAGAAAAUGCAUUGAGGAAGGUGGAGGUACUCGAGAUGGACGGUGCAGCAGUACUGAAAGUUAAGGUGGACGACUUGUUAGCUAGUUCUAGUGAUCUGAAUGAGGUGGAGCAAAUCUACAAACAAUUGGAAGACGGUACAAUUAGGAAACUUGAGGAUGCGGAGAAAGUAUAUGUGCGCUUGAGAGAUAGUACAGAGAAGGCUAAGAGUGUGUUGGAGUCUUUCGAUCCUCUUCCUACUUUGCCAAUUGUGGAAUUCGGACUUUCGAAGAGGGUGCAAGAGGUAAAUUCAAGUUUUUACCACUUUGAUCACUUCUUCAUUGUUCUCCCCAAACCAAAUUUGUGA